GCACAAAUUAGUCAGUUAGUCGGCAGACACGCACACACUAAUUUCCACUAACCGCGACAUACACACUCGCGCGCGCGCGCACAUACACACGUGUGUAUUAUAUAUACGUAUACAUAUAUUUUGUACACGCGUCCCGCGACGAGAGCUUUUGAUCGAAGGGCGCGCCCGGCGAAAAUCGGAAACGAGGCGAGAAAGGAAGAGAGAAGAGCCGCUCGCCGGGAACGUGACGUGAUUCAUCGACGAAUUAGCGUAGAGUAGAACAUUCCGCUCGGAAAGGAGCCGAGACACGCGGGAGCCGGAAGGAGGACCAAGGUAGCAGAGGAAGAGGAGGGCCGUCGAAACGCCCGAGCAAUAAAUACGAGAGAAAGGUCUCCCGGCUGCGACCUUUGACCCUCGACCUACCGCGAUCGUCCCCGGACCGGAGGACUCGUCGGGAUUCAUCAGGAUUCGCUGUUCGCGACUGGGAAAAGAGGAGGAAAGUGUGCAGUGACCGCCGAUAGCGAGGGGACACGGACGGAAAGGAUUCAUCGUCCACGAGGACUCGUCGCGACGACUCUCCGUCCACACCCGCGUUUAUCUUUCUCUCUGUCUCUGUCUCGUGCGCGUUUGUCGUUUCAAGCACCGGAAACGCGCACUUAACUAACGCCGGUCCGCUUCAACGUCGCGUGUGGAAGCCGGAAUACUGAUGAAAGACUGAUUUACUUACGCCUUUAGGAACGGUUAAACAUUAAGAGGGAGACUUUUUCGAUCCUCUUGCUCGAUCGUUAUACUCUUUCUCUCUCUCUCUGUAUCUCUCAUUUCCUCUUCCCUCGUCUCUCGCUCAUCAGGGGCGUCGUCUUUGUCGUCGUAGUCUCCUCGUCAUCGCAGCGACAUGGGCGGAUGUACUUCGAAGGAUACCACGUCGAGCGACGAUAAAAAGAGUAACAACAUGGUAGACGCAGCGGUUUUGGACAAGCUGGAGUCUGGCUUUACCAAGCUGUCGGAAUCCGACAGCAAGUCGUUGUUGAAGAAAUACUUAACGAAGGAGGUCUUCGAUCAACUCAAGACCAGGAAGACCUCGUUCGGUUCUACUCUCCUGGAUGUUAUCCAAUCUGGUUACGAAAACCAUGAUUCUGGCGUCGGUAUUUAUGCGCCCGAUGCCGAGGCGUACACAGUUUUCGCCGAAAUCUUUGAUCCAAUCAUCGAUGAUUAUCAUGGUGGCUUCAAGAAGACGGACAAACAUCCGCCCAAGGACUUUGGCGAUGUCGAUUCCUUCGGCAACCUCGACCCUACUGGUGAGUACAUCGUGUCGACUCGCGUGCGAUGCGGCCGCUCCUUGGACGGAUAUCCAUUUAAUCCGUGUCUGACCGAGGCCCAGUAUAAGGAGAUGGAAGAGAAAGUAUCUAGCACGUUAUCUGGUCUCGGCGGCGAAUUGAAGGGCACUUUUUAUCCGCUCACUGGCAUGAGCAAGGAAGUGCAACAGAAGCUGAUCGACGAUCAUUUCCUCUUCAAAGAGGGCGAUCGUUUCCUCCAGGCGGCGAAUGCUUGUCGUUUCUGGCCCACUGGACGCGGCAUCUUUCACAACGACGACAAGACCUUCUUGGUCUGGGUCAACGAGGAAGACCAUCUCCGUAUCAUUUCGAUGCAGAUGGGUGGUGAUCUUGGACAGGUAUACCGACGCUUGGUGACGGCGGUAAACGAGAUCGAGAAGCGGCUGCCGUUCUCGCACAACGAUCGCUUCGGCUUCCUGACCUUCUGCCCUACGAACUUGGGCACGACGGUGCGCGCCUCGGUGCAUAUCAAGGUGCCGAAACUCGCGGCGAACAAGGCCAAGCUUGAGGAAGUCGCGGCCAAGUACAAUCUACAGGUGCGCGGCACCCGGGGCGAGCAUACCGAGGCCGAAGGCGGCAUCUACGAUAUCUCCAACAAGCGCCGCCUCGGUCUUACCGAGUACCAAGCUGUGAAGGAGAUGAACGACGGCAUCGCCGAGCUAAUCAAGCUCGAGGCCAGCCUCUAAAUCCACCCGCCCCUCGUAUUCGUUUACACUCCUCCAUCGUAGCCCCCGUCGGAUGCCACGCUGUAUUACGUGACGUCACGCUGAAAUUUGUAUCUACGACAUAAGAAUUUUAUUCCGAGAAUGAAUUGCGAGAGAGACCGAUUUGGAGAAUCAUUUGUGACGAUAAUUUAAUGCCAUUGCGGUCUUCAGUCAUUUCUGUAUUAUAUAUAUUAAUAUUAUAAUCACUCUAAUAUCAUAGUAUUAAUAUAUAAGAGCGGAAAAGUUCCAUGCUGUUAAAUAAUCGUCUUGAAUCAAUUCCUAUAGAUUUAUUCUCGUUAUCUAUUCUUCAGAAAAAAAUUCUCAUGUUGUAGGUACAGUCCAUUAGCGCUGUCUAAUGUAUGAUGUAAGUUGCUCGCGCUGUGAUAUCCAUGCGUGUACCUCCUUUUUGUAGCGUAUAUUUUUUAGCAUCAAUUAAUAAAAGGAAAUUAGUUUGAGAUAAUGUUAUACAUAUGUAUAAUCUGUAUAAUUAUAGUAAAGUUUAUAUAUAUCACAUUUGAGAAGAGAAUUAAAAUCCCUAGGAAAAAAAAGUAAAUUUAUUUUAUUUGUUGAAUUCUCUUUUAUUAAUUUCUAAUUUUUUUUAUAAAUGUGAAAAUUGAAACAGAUUUUUGCGAGAGGCAAUAAAAGAAAGUGGCUAUAAAAAGGAGAUUAUAGAGCAGCUUGCAUCGUAUUUUGCGCAUUGUAUUUGACAGUAUUUUAAUUUCAAUUGUUCCUUUUUUUUGUUUUUAAUACGUAAUUUCGAAAAAUCGAGAAAUAUUCUCGUGGCAACAUCCGUUCGCGAUUCUCUCGUUUCGUUCUUUUUUUUUUGUCGCAAUCGCGCUAUUAUAUUCGUUACAGAUGAUACAUAGUUAUGCGCGUUUCCACACACUUAGUAGUGCUCUAGUGCUAGUUCCCGCAAUUCGUCGUGACUGUCUAUUAAAUGAAAGAUAAUAAGGAAGAAGAAAGAAGGAAAAAGUCGUCGCUGUUUAAGAAAUAUUCGUUCGACGACGAUUUUUAAUUGUCCAUUUUGCGAUCUUUAUGGAACAUCGAGGAUCGAGAGUACUGUUUUUCCAGUGCUCUGCGGUUUUCUAGUCUGCGGAUGGUGGAGCGACAUUCACAUGUUUUUUCAUUCUCUUUUUUACCACAUGAGAGAUCGAAGAGAACAUCUGGGCGACGGAUAUUACACGCACUAAAAACACACGCGAAUAAGCGCUGCGACAUAUUAUAGAAACAGUGUACUAUGAACCGAUUCGACAAGAUGUACGAUGAGAAUGCAAGUAUUGAGACACGAAAAUAAAAAGACAUACACAUUAUGUA